GGUGCAAACCACCGAGAACACCUCAUCGCUGGACGGAGUUUCCACUGCCUGGAAGAGGAGGAGAAGAAAGACCGUUCCUCCCAAUAUCGUCACACGUGUCAUGAUUACCCGAAGAUACUUUCCCCCGCUGAACUCUACGUACCCAAUUACCCCAUCGCCCCCUGUGCCCUUUCCUUUCCCCUAAACUCCCCUUUCCCUCAAUCCUUAUCCCUUUUCUCUAAUUUUAUUUAGUGCUUAUUUAAUAAAUAAAAACGGGGGAGGUUGGGGAGGGACCACUGAGGAAAAUUUAUCAUUCCAGUUAUGCUUUCUUUCACAAGACGCUGAGGAUGACUGCCGCCUUGAGGACACCUCUGAAACAUCUGAUGCUCCUGAUCACCAUCAUCUGGCUGUCACCGGUCAGGAGCUGGAUAGUCCCACAGACGAGAGAAAACAUAUGGGUCACGCUGGCGAAGUCCUUGCAGCAGGACAACUUCUGCAUGGCCAUGGGAAGUGUGGACAAUCCGUUAUCCACGUGCCUGGUAGGAGUCCCCCUGUCGCCAAAUGACUAUCCAUAUGCAGGAAAAAAACCUAAUCCUGUGGACACCUGGGAUGAGUGGACGAGGAUUCUGCCACAUGCACCACAGGAGCCCCAAGAAUUGGACCUAAUGGGCUCCUCUCAGGCAACAUAUUGUGUCAGGUUUAGGUACCAGCCCUCCCAGAAAGACUGGGAUCAAAUGGCUAAACUCCACCCUGCUGGUACCCAAGAAGUAAAAAGACAUGAUGUAUCUCCCCAUGAUCCGAGAUACCAUGCAGCAAAUUGGUACAAUUACACCUCGACCAUCGUAUCUAGGUCCUCCUCAGUUCCCAGGGUGCUCCCCAGGGGGGUUUUUCUCAUCUGCGGCGACAGGGUGUGGGCAGGGAUUCCCUCCCAAAUCCAGGGAGGCCCCUGCAGCCUUGGCCAGCUUACCACACUGAGACUGAACAAAACCCAAAUUUUAAACCGGAAAAACAAAAAUAAAUUGGCUCGCAAAAAGAGAUCCUAUAACCAAUUCGACGAAAAUUGUGAUUCAAAAAUUUACAAUUGGGGAAAGACGAAGAGAGUCGCGGUAUCCAUAUUUUUACCGUGGUAUGUUGCAGCAAAGGCCCUCAGUGAGCUUUCUCACCUCGAGUGUUGGCUCAGUAAGCAGGCCAACGCCACGUCCACUGCCCUUUCUGACUUGCUAGCAGACGAAGAAGACACCAGGCACGCCACACUGCAAAAUAGGGCUGCUAUUGACUUCUUACUGCUCGCCCAUGGCCACAGCUCUGAGGACUUCGAAGGAAUGUGCUGCUUCAAUCUGGCAUCAAAGAGCACAUCCAUCCAAGCUAAUAUCCAGCGGAUCUGAGAGCAAGUUGAUGACAUCAAGACUGAGACCUCGACUGUAGACCCUGUGAAUAAACUGCUAUCUCAGUGGGGUGUCCCAGGGUAUGGGAGUUCUGUCAGGAGAAGCAGCAGCCUAAGGUGAUGCCCUUUCCAUCUCCAGGCUGAUGACACAGCUCAGAGAACUCCUCACCCAGGACUGGUGAUUAGAAGUGAAACAGAG